GUUGGCCACGCACGCAGGCAGCACUACUCAGCAGCUAGAGCACCGCAAGAUUUAAAAAGGAUGGCCGCGGAGUCACCGGCGGCGCCGCACGCGCUGUUCCUGCCGUACCCGGCGCAGGGCCACGUGAUCCCGUUCAUGGAGCUCGCGCACCGCUUCCUCCAUCGCGGCGGCUUCGCGGCCGCCACCCUCGUCAACACCGACUUCAACCACCGCCGCCUCCUUGCCGCCUCUGCACCACCACCAUCAUCAGAAGCAGGAUCACGGCUGCGGCUCGUGUCCGUGGCGGACGGGCUGGGCGCCGAGGACGACCACGAGAACCUGGUCCUGCUCAACGCGGCCAUGGAGAAUGCCGUCCCGCCGCAGCUGGACGCGCUCCUGGCGGGCGGAGAGGUGACGUGCGUGGUGGUGGACGUGGGCAUGUCGUGGGCGCUGGACGUGGCGAAGCGGCGCGGGAUCCCCGCGGCCGCGCUCUGGCCGGCCUCUGCCGGGGUGCUCUCCGUGAUUUUGGGCGCUCCGGAGCUCGUGCGCGAUGGCGUCAUCGAUGACGACGGAGCGCCACUUAACUUGACGAACAACUCGUUCCAUCUUACCAAAUCCUCGACGACGCCCAUGGACGCGACCUUCUUGGCCUGGAACUACAUGGCGGGCAACCGCGACGCCGAGCGCCUGGUCUUCCACUACCUCACCACCACCGCGCAGGCCGCCGCAGCAAAGGCCGACUUCCUCCUCUGCAACACAUUCUCAGACAUCGAGCCGGCCAUCUUCACCAAGCCCAGCACGCCUGCAUCCAUCCUCCCCAUCGGCCCACUCCGCACAUGGAUGCGCCAGCAACACGGCCGGCCCGUAGGCCACUUCUGGCGCGCCGAAGACACCGCCUGCAUGUCCUUCCUUGACGCCCAGCCCCGUGGCUCCGUGGUGUACGUGGCCUUCGGCAGCAUCACAGUCAUGGCCGUGGCCCAGCUCCAGGAGCUCGCCCUCGGACUCCAGGCCUCCGGCCGACCUUUCCUGUGGGUCGUCAGGCCUGGACUUGCAGGCAAGCUCCCGACUGGCUUUACUACGGACCUCGUUACAGGGCAGGGGAAGGGUAAAGUAGUCGGAUGGGCGCCACAGGAGCAGGUGCUGGCGCACCCUGCCGUGGCGUGCUUCGUCACGCACUGCGGGUGGAACUCGACGCUUGAAGGUGUCCGCAAUGGCUUGCCCAUGCUCUGCUGGCCUUAUUUCACCGACCAGUUUACGAACCAGACAUACAUCUGUGAUAUCUGGAGGGUCGGCCUAAGGGUCGCGUUGGCUGAGAGCAGUGGCGCCAUGGUAACUAAGGAGCGGAUAGUGGAGCUGUUGGAUGAUCUGUUGCGAGACGAGGGUGUCAAAGAAAGGGUGCUGAAAUUGAAAGAAAAAGCAGAGAAGAGCAUGAGUGAAGACGGCGAAUCUUUCAAAAAUCUUGAUUUACUCAUGAAGUCUUUGAGAAAAUGAAUAUUGUAGUGUGGUCAGCGUUCACGCGCUUUGUAUCAUCAGGUAAUAAGUUUUUUACGUUCUCUAGCUUGAAAUAAACGUUGCUUAUGUUUGAGUUUACUAUUGCUGUAUGGUAUUGAAGAAUGAUGAUUAUUUUGUCCUUCUGGCAGCCUAUUAUUCACCUCUGGAGAUUUGUUGGUUAAAACAUUUUUUUAUAUUUAAGUGUGGAAUUUCAUCGUUAAGAAAA